AUGGAUGAAGUCUGCCCACAAGACAUACGAGCCCACGACGAUCAGAUCGGCGGAUGCAGUGCAGCACACAUUGCUAGAUCGGGCCCUGCCAGCUUGCCUUCCUCGUUCGGUCGAGCAGCAUCUCGCAUUCGUCGCAGCUGUCACAUCUCUGCGACACGAUCCAUCCCACCUCUGGAGAUCCUCCCUGACUUGCGCCCGUCGGCAAGUUCCGUUUUUACGCACAAAAUGGUCAACAUCACCUACGGUGUGCUCCAGGCACCCGAUGGCAGCUCGGCCAGAUCGAGCGCCAUCGCCAACGGAACCGACAUCAUCGUCUCGUACGGUCCCAACGGCGAGAGCGUCGCCUCCUACUCGCCCGGUGACAUUGGCUGGGUGCUCACAUGUACCGCCCUCGUCUGGCUUAUGAUUCCCGGUCUCGGAUAUCUCUACUCUGGUCUCGCACGCAGAAAGAAUGCGCUCCACCUGCUUUUGCUCACCCUGGCUGCGCUCGCCGUCGUUUCGUUCCAGUGGUUCUUCUGGGGCUACUCGCUCGCUUUCUCUCAGACCUCGGGCGCUUUCCUCGGCAAUCUGCGCAACUUUGGCUACAUGGGCGUGCUCGAGAACCCCGUGUCGCAGGCGUACAACAAGGUGCCCGAGAUCGUCUACGCCAUCUACCAGUGCAUGUUCGCCAACCUCGUUCCCGCCAUUGCUAUCGGUGCCGCUUGUGAGCGUGGCCGAGUCUGGCCUUUCCUCGUCUUCACCUUUAUCUGGACCACGCUCGUCUACGACGUGAUCGCUUGCUGGGUGUGGAACCCCACCGGUUGGGCCUUCAAGUGGGGUGUUCUCGACUACGCCGGCGGUGGACCCGUCGAGAUCAACUCGGGUAUCACCGGUCUCGUCAUCUCGUACUACCUCGGCCCCCGUCACGGCUACGGCACCGAGCGCCUGCUGUUCAAGCCUCACAACGUCUCGUACAUCUUCCUGGGCACCGCCUUCCUCUGGUUCGGCUGGCUCGGAUUCAACGGCGGUUCGGUGUUUGCUGCCAACCUGCGUGCUGCCAUGGCCAUCAGCACCACCAACCUCGCCGCUUCGUCCGCCGGUCUCACUUGGAUGCUCCUCGAUUGGCGUCUCGAGCGCAAGUGGUCCGUCGUUGGCUUCUGCACCGGUUGCAUUGCCGGUCUCGUCGCCAUCACGCCCGCUGCCGGCUUCGUCGGCAUGCCCGCUGCUCUGCUCAUUGGUGUCGUCUCGGCGGCCGUUUCCAACUUUGCCACCGUUCUCAAGGGUCCCAUGCGCGUCGACGAUGUCAUGGACAUUUUCUCCGUCCACGCUCUUGCCGGCUACGUCGGCACUUUGCUCACCGGUAUCUUUGCCCAGGCCUCGGUAGCCAACAACGACGGCAACACGGUCAUCACCGGUGGCUGGCUCGAUGGCAACUGGAUCCAGCUUGCCUAUCAGCUCGCCUACUGUGUCGCCGUCACCUCUUGGUGUGCUGGUGUCACCUUUGCCAUCAUGUUUGUCGUUGACCACACUCCUUUCAUCGGUCCCUUCCGAUCGAGCGAGAUGGGUGAGGUGGUCGGUAUGGACGAGGAUCAGUGUGGCGAGUGGGCCUACGACUACGCCUUUAUCAACCGUGAUCUCGAGGGCAACUACAAGCCCGACCACGGUCAGACGCUCGACAUGCACGAAAAGAUGCCCAACGUCCACCAGACCGACUCGCUGCGCUCUGGCGCGGACAGCGGCAGCCAGGACAACUCCAACUCGCAGCUGGCCUCUGGUGACCAGAACGCAACCUCGGCAACAACCGAGGCUCCAGCGACGCAAACACAGGCAUGA